AUGAAUGACCAGUACCACCGAGCAGCCCGAGAUGGCUACCUGGACCUGCUAAAGGAAGCCACCAGGAAGGACCUAAACUCGCCCGACGAGGAUGGCAUGACCCCGACCCUCUGGGCUGCUUAUCACGGCAACUUGGAGGCGCUGAGGCUGAUAGUUAGCAGAGGGGGGAUGGAGCCAUGGCAGGAGAUGCUGAUGGAGAAUCAGGACCUGUACCAAGAGAGACAGAAAGGAGAGCAGCCAAGUGAGGCAGGGGCAGCCAGGAUAGAGCCACUGCAAAAAGGUUCUCCCCUAAACCAUGGAGUGGAACAGCCAGAACCCCCAGGAGAAGGAAGAAAUGUCCAGGAGAAAGGUGAGAAAUUGGGGCAAGGGGACACACCGAGUCAAGAGAUUGCAGAUCCAACACAACAGCUGCAGACUGGCAUCAGCAGAGCGGGUCCCCCAGAACAGGAGGUGACUCCGAAAGGACAGGAUCCAGGGCCCACCUUAAAUCAUCCAGUCCUGGAUGGAGAUGGAAACACCUCCGGAGGAGAAGAGAUGCCGAGGGUCUUUCAGAGAGGUGCCAAGGAGGAAGCGGAGCCGCCCGAGGAGGGGAGACGUGAGGAAGCCCUGAUGGGGGAGCUCUCUGAGCUGGUGCAGCAGGUGGUGAAGAGAAGCAGCUGGUGGGAGAGACAUGGCAUAGAUGACUCCAUCAUUGCCCUGAACUUCCUCAUCCUUCCUGCAGGGUUCCUGUGUCUGCGUUCAGACAAUGCCCUUCCCUUCCUGUUGGGCAUCUUCAUCUUGGGCAUAGUGCACCACACUGUAACAGUGAAAGGAAGCCACUUGGCCAGCCACAAUGCCUUGACAGAGUCCAAGUCUUGGGGGAAAGUUUGGGCCAUAUUCUUCCUUGAGGUUUGCUCGGCUUUCACAGCAGAGCAGGCAUACUACAACCAUGUGAAACUCCACCAUGGUUACACUAAUGUUAUCAAACUAGGAGAUUCCAGUACUUGGAAGCUUCCUUUCUUGAACCGAUAUGUCUACAUGUUCAUUGCACCCAUUGCUAUACCUAUUUUAACCCCUCUAGUGGCACUUGGUUUGCUGAAGGAUGUUGAGUUGAAAACAGCUCUCCGGACCCUCUGCUGCAUGUUUCUUGGGCUCUACUCCCAUUACUGGCUCCUGGUCAAUGUCUCAGGGUUCCAAUCAGUGUGGUCUGCCCUCAUCUGCAUGUUGAUCACACGAUCUCUCCUUGCCCACCCCUACAUCCAUGUUAACAUCUUCCAGCACAUUGGCCUCCCGAUGUUCUCUGCUGAUAAGAAGCCCAAGCGGAUUCACCUGAUGAGCCUUGGAGUUCUGAAUCUGCCCCGGAAUGCCCUGCUGGACUGGUCCUUUGGGCACUCAAUCAUCAGCUGCCAUGUGGAGCAUCACCUCUUCCCAAACCUCUCUGACAACAUGUGCCUGAAGAUCAAGCCCAUAGUCUCCCAGUACCUGAAAAAGAAGAAGCUGCCAUACAACGAGGACUCCUAUAUGUCCCGACUACAGCUGUUCCUACACGGUUACGAGGAACUGAUGGUUAAUGCACCCCCAAUAACUGAACUUGUGGGGAUUCAAUGAUAGGCUCUAGAACACGACAGCGAGACAUAGGGCUGUUUCCUGUGGGUCAUUAUAACAUCGGACAAGAUCAGGAAGUUUAAAACCAAAGACAUUGCCCUUAUAAAGCAAUCAAAGAGGAAACAAGUUUGCCUGAAGUGUCUUGCUUUUGGACAGAUAGAAACACACAUA